AUAUCCAACGACGCUACCUUGCCGUUCCACGUUGGCAUCCCGCGCGGGUCAGCGCAAUCAACGAGGGGGAGCGCCACGAGGUCCGCAUCGGUGAAGCCGGAUCGGCCUUGGCGGCGGAGGUGCCUUUUACCGGCGACGGCCGCUGGAACGCGCUGAUUCUCCGUGACUUCAAUUGAAAGCCCAAACAAAGGAGAAGGCAGAUUCGGGGCAUGGACGAGGCCGGCGCUCCCUUUGCCCACGUCAGGAGGAACUCCGUCUCCUCCUCUGCCGGUUUUUUGCCUCCGCGGCACCGUCGGACCCUUCCGCGUCGGACAAACCCUCGCCCAUCCCCUUUUGCCGCGUCCACUCUCAUUCUUCUGCCGCGCGUCACCCCAAUCUCGAUCCCAUGAGCGAAGGCGGCUCCCUGCAGCAACGCACCACCUACCUCAUCUCCCUCACCUUGGUCAAGGUAGAGGCGGUGGAGGAGAAUGGAGGGGCGGUCCGGAGCCUUUCCUCGGGGGAGGGAGCCACGGCGGCGGGGGCGGAAGGAGCCGGGGCGAAGCCGCAAACCCGAACGCCGGGCCGGGCCGGCCAAACCCGCUCCCGAGCACCGGGGGCCGAGGCUCCCGGACCCGUCCGAGGGCCCGAAGCCAACGAAGCCGCAGACGAAGGCGGGAAUCCUCCGAGCGAGUCGGCCCCCGUACGGCCCGAGAGAGCCCGUACCCCAAAGCCUGCCGAGCCGGACUCGAGCCCAACAGAGGAAAUCUGUUGCGCCCCUGAAGCGAAGCAAUCCCGGCCUCCCUUUUUGACCGGCGCCCCCCCAACAGAGACCCCCGAAGCCGCUGGCACUCCCGCCAGAACCGGCCUGCCCAUCCGUCCGGCGGCCCAGAGGCCCGCCAGUCUUCCAAAGUCCCGCGACGGCGCGGCCCCCCGAGGCCGGGACUCCAGGGAGGGUCGGGAUCGCGGCCCCGCCUCGGCCCAGAGUCUCGAUCGCAAGGACUGCCGAACGCCGGCGCGCUCCCCGGGCCCCUGCAGAGCCUCGUGGGCCGAGGCCAGCGGGACCCGAGCGUGGAGGGACGCGCCGGACGAGGUCCCGGCCGAGACGGGCGGCGGGGCGGCCGCCGCCCGUCUCCGAGACGCGCCCGGCAGGGACGGGCUCAAGUCGGGGUCGGCCUCCCUGCCGGCGCCGGCCACCCGGGCCGGCAAAGCCCCGCGCAAGGGCAAAAGCCGCACGCUGGACAACAGCGACCUGAACGGCCUUUCCGAGGACCUGGCGCGCAGCGACGAGGCCCGGCGGGGCCAGCGCGGCGCCUCCAAAGAUCGCAAGAUGCUCAAAUUCAUCAGUGGCAUUUUCACAAAGAGCAAUUCGGGUCCGGUCGGCUCGGCGACGUCGGCCGCUCCCGUCUUCGUUCGGAGGGACUCCAGCGAGGAGGAAGUUAACAUCGCCAACAGUCAGGAAUGGAGCCUGAGCGCACCCGUUCCCGAGCUGAGACUGGGCGUCCUGGGAAGCGCGAAGAGCGGCAAGUCGGCGCUGGUGACCAGAUACGUCACGGGCUCUUAUGUGGCGCUUGAGAAAGCCGACGGUGGCCGCUAUAAGAAGGAGGUGCUGGUGGACGGGCAGAGUUAUUUAUUACUGAUUCGAGAGGAGUGCGGGGCACCUGACGCGCAGUUCAGCAGCUGGGCGGACGGCGUCAUUCUGGUGUUCAGUCUGGAAAACGAAGGCAGCUUCCAGGAGCUCUACCAUCUCUACGGCAAGCUGGGCUCGCUGCGCGCCAACGUCCCCGUCAUCGUUGUCGGCACUCAAGAUCAAAUCAGCAGCAGCAACCCGCGCGUGAUCGAGGACCAAAGAGCCCGCCAGCUGUGCGUGGACGUGCGGCACUCGCUCUUCUACGAGACCUGCGCCACCUACGGCUUCAACGUGGAUCGGGUCUUCUCGGAGGCUGCCCAGAAAAUUGUGGCCCAGAAGAAGCAGGCGGCGCUGCUGGCCUGCAAGUCUCUCCCCAACUCUCCCGGUCACUCCGGAGGUUCCACGCCGGGAUCGGCCUCCUUCCCCGUCCAGGUCAGUAACGGCGUGAGCGGCGGCUACGCCUGCUCCCUCCCCUCCACCCCCGUGCUCGGUCACAGGGAGCUGAGGGUGGCGCGCGGGGAGGGGGGCGGCGGCGGCUCCCGUUCCCUCAAGGGCAUCCCCCGAAGACCCUCGCUCUUCAAGAACCGGGACUCGGACAGGAGAGCCGCCGAGGCCAAAGGAGACGCCGGCGCCGCUCGAGCCGUUGCCAUCAAGCAGAGCAUCCUGUGGAAGAGGAGCGGCAGCUCUCUGAACAAGGAGUGGAAGAAGAAAUACGUCACCCUGUCCACCAACGGCACGCUGUGCUACCACUCCAGCUCCAGCGACUACGCGCAGAACGCGCACGGAAAGGAAAUCGACCUGCUGCGCGUGACGGUGAAGGUUCCCGGCAAGCGUCCUCCGAGAGCCGUGGCGCCGGCCGGCCCCUCGCCCGUGGCCCCCGCCUCCUCCUCCGGCAUCAACGGGCUCAGUAAGGAAUCGGCGGCGGCCGAGGGCGCAGGUAGCGACGACCUUUCCGUCUUCCCGUUGUUUGGGCCGAUGUUUCUCCACGCGACCAAAGCUCGGAUGGCUUGUAGGAGCCCGAAAAGCAGGCAAAAACGGAGGCCGUCAAAUUCCAAAGCGGCACUGCGCGUUCUCGCUGGUUUUUGCCAUGAAAGACUUGACUUGACACUGUUGUCAGAUGCCCUCGAGGGGGCGUCCGGAGCGUUUCCCGGAAAGGACGCCGGGCAAUCGUCUCCCGUGAGCGAGCGCAAGAAGAACAGGAGGAAGAAAAGCAUGAAUCAAAAAGGAGACGCGGCCGUCGGCCAGGCGGAAGCCAAGCGCAAAAUGUGGAAGCUAAAGAGCUUCGGUAGCUUGAGAAACAUUAACAGGACAGAUGAGGAAAACGCCGACUUUGUCGUGGUGUCCUUUACGGGUCAGACGUGGCACUUUGAGGCUCCCAGUCUGGAGGAGAGGGACUCGUGGGUGGCGGCCAUCGAGAGCCAGAUCUUGGCCAGCCUGCAGUCGUGCGAGAGCGGCAGAAACAAGGCGCGACGCAGCAGCCAGAGCGAGGCGGUGGCGCUGCAGGCCAUCCGGAACACCAAAGGCAACGACCUGUGCGUGGACUGCCAAGCGCCAAACCCCACCUGGGCCAGUCUCAACCUGGGCGCGCUGAUCUGCAUCGAGUGCUCGGGAAUCCACCGCAACCUGGGCACUCACCUGUCUCGGGUGCGCUCGCUGGACCUGGACGACUGGCCCGGGGAGCUGACGCAAGUGCUGUCGGCCAUCGGCAACCGCACGGCCAACGGCGUCUGGGAGGGCCGCACGCUGGGCAGGGCCAAGCCGGCGCCCAACGCCUCGCGUGAGGAGAGGGAGUCGUGGAUCCGCGCCAAGUACGAACAACGGGCGUUCGUGCCGCCGCUGCGGCCGCAAGCGGACGACGACGACAUGCCGGCGCGACUGCUUUCGGCGGUGACCGAGCGGGACCUGGCGCGCCUCCUCCUGCUGCUGGCCCACAGCAGCAGGGAGGCCGUCAACGCUGGGCCCGCCCCCGCCGCCACCGCCCUGCACGCCGCCUGUCAGCUGGGCGACGUGGUCAUGACGCAACUGCUCAUCUGGUACGGAAUGGACGCCAAAGCGAGGGACCGCCAGGGGCAGACGGCCAUGAUGAUGGCCAGAAAAGUCGGGAGCGGAGGCUGCGUGGAUGUUUUGCUGCAACACGGCUGCUCCGACGAGACGCCCGCCGCCACGCCGGUCCUCUCCCGACGCUCCAGCAGCGCCAGCCUGGGCGGCGGCGGCUCCGGGCGGCACGCCUCGUAGCCCGGCCGCGGGCGCCGGCCCGCUUUGGCAACUCUCGUCAAACGCGCUGCGGUCGGCCGCGAGAGACAAAAGGGCGACGGAGCUUCCGGCGCGGGUGGGGGACGCCGCUCGCGUCAUUUGAGCCCAGUCGCCCGUUUGGCCAGGAAAAAUGACACCGGACUCGACUUUUGGACCGAGGCUCGGGCCGCGCGAGUCGGCCGCGCUCACAUUUGAAAAUGUUGCCGCCGCCGUGUUCCGAUGAGGCCCUCCGUGUGUCAACGCCGACCGCUCUUUGGGGGGGGGCGACCGUGUGACGUCUCACUUCCAUCAUCGCCAUCACGCAGACGGCCGAGCGAGCGGACGGGAGGCGAUGUCACCGUUUGGCUGCCCUGAAUGUUUUGCUUCGUGGAGAAGUGAACAAAGCAAUAAAGCCGGCAAACGCGACGGCGUCCAACUUCAAGACAAAUUGGGCGACGUUUCCCUCACGGUUUGGCUCGGCGACGGCCGGUGAAAGACGAACUCGGCGUCACGGUUUCGUCGAGACGCCGGUCGCGGAAGAGGCCCGAGCGGCUUCGGAGCGUUGGCAUCCGACGCGAAGGCGUUAGCGCGGCCGAGUGACGAGCGACGGGCGGACGGACGGAGCUUUAGCGUUGAGCUCGUUGAAAGCCGAGCUGGGCCCUGCUUUCUUUCUUUCUUUCUUACUUUCUUUCUUUUCACCUCGUUCACUUGGGACUUAUUCCAAAUGCUGCCUGGCACGUGCGCCACUCCAGCGCGCUCGUGGAGCCCUUUCAAGCAGCCGUCAUAUGUACAACAAUAAAGCAACAAAUCCCUAACAAAGGCGCUACGGAGCACCAAAGGCUCCGACUAAGAUCAUAAUUGGAGUCAGAAGUUCCGCAGACUUGAGGGGCGUGUGGGGGCCGAGGAGCUCGGAGGGGUCGUUUCCAGAUUUGAAAACAAAUACGAGGAUCUUGAAAAGAGAUGCCAGCCAUAUGCGCUCCCUCUCACGAGUAGCGCUCAAGCGGAGGGCGGCGUUCCAAAGCAGCCGCAGGCGACUUCCUCCCACCUCCGCUCGGAAGUCGAGCCAAGUGCGGCCGUGAAGACGCAACGACCUACGGAAGCGCUUCAAGCGAGCAAUAUUCAUCCGGCACGGUGGCGGUGGACUUUGGUCGACUCUUUGCAGCCGCCGUCCUCCUCGCCUCGGACUUCUUCUCCAGCGAUAACAGGGCAGCGCGCGAGGAUCCCUUCGCGACCUUGGCACCCGCCUUUCUUCCUUUGAGCUCCGGGCCGUCCGCCUGUCGCGUGCCAGCCGGCCAGCGCUGGGAAAAACCUGGUAAAAAGGGAAGGUGUCGACGUUGUUGCCCCCAAGAGAAGCGUUUGGCCAAACUGCAAACGCUCCCAUUCAAAGACACAAUGGAAAUCCCUUUUUUUCCAAUGAGUUCUUUUGAAAGGCUUUUGUCUUCCUCGUUGUCUUUUUCUAGCUCCAUGGCAACAUCCGUGUUCCGUGGCUUUGUCAUGAAUUGUGAUUUGAGACGUCCCAAAAUGAGGAGAAGCCUUUCCGCGCUUGCUCUCCUGUUCCUGUUCCUGUUGUCUCGGUCUACUCCGCCAGUUUACUGUGACGAAUGAAGAGUUGUUCUUUCUGACGCGUUGCGGGUCGUGUGAAUCCCAGUAGUCUGUAUUAAAGCAACCUUUUUUUUUUGGGUGGUGGUGGGGGGGGGGGUGUUUGUUUUCAUGUUGAAUUCAUAACCGAUGUUUUGACUCAUUUUGUGCGGCGUCCAGAUUGAAUAAACGCAUUGACUCAUUAAGCCUCA